AGGUCUAAAAUACACAUGAUCAUGUGACAUAUCAACCCAAUUACAUGUAUAUAUAGAACAGCGACCACAGUUCACUCACUAACUUAAAACUAUCUAACGGAAAAAAAAUGAGAUUCAUCCUUGCUGUUGCUGUAACUGUUGCCCUAGCCGCUGUUGUCUCAGCAGGAGGGUAUGGACACGGAGGAGGAGGGUACGGACAUGGAGGAGGAGGAUAUGGACAUGGAGGAAAAGGAUACGGAAAGGGAUACGGUGGACAUGGUGGCGGAUACGGAGGACACUCUCUAGGUUAUAGUGGUGGAUAUGGCGGAAGUAUGGGAGGAUAUGGUGGAGGAUAUGGUGGAAGUAUGGGAGGAUAUGGAGGAGGAUAUGGUGGAAGUAUGGGAGGAUAUGGAGGAAGCAUUGGAGGUUAUCAUGGUGGAGUAGGUGGAUCUUAUGGUGGAUUAGGUGGAUCUUAUGGUGGUAUGAGUGGAUCUUAUGGUGGAUUAGGUGGAUCUUAUGGUGGUAUGAGUGGAUCUUAUGGUGGAUUAAGUGGAUCUUAUGGAGGAUUAGGUGGAUCUUAUGGUGGAUUAAGUGGAUCUUAUGGAGGAUUAGGUGGAUCUUAUGGUGGAUUAAGUGGAUCUUAUGGAGGAUUAAGUGGAUCUGGAGGAUCCUAUUACCAAGGUUAACCUUCUUAUCCUGGAAUAUCCUGGAAAAAUUAAAAAUGUCAUGCACAUUUUAUCCGACAAUUGCCUUUUUACUAUUCAGAAUUAUGAUAAUGAAUGAAAAAUACACAGAAGUGACAAUGAAUGUAUCAAGAUAAAAUUCAUGUACUGAGAUGAAAUCUCACCUGUUGAAAAAAAAAAUGAAAUGAAUAUAACUCUUUCAAACUUAUGGUUCACCCUAAAGAUUCCUUUAAAGAGGUAGGGUCAAAUUACCCCUCAAUUUCUCAAGGUUAAUAUCUAAAUAUGGUUAAAACCGACUACUAAUCAAUUAUUAAAGAUUAUAUUAUGGACGAAAUUAAUCAAUUUUUUUUUACAGUUUUGAAUUAGAUAAAAAUGUUUCUCAGUACUAUACAUUCCUGUAGUCAAUAUUGCCUAUUUUCUAAAGUCUUUUUUUUUUCGCACUAAAGAUCGAACCAUCAAUAAUAACGUUAUAUUUACUUAUCGUCGCUGGGCUUCUAAAAUGUCGUAUAUGACUUUUUCGGCUUAAAAUACUUUUUUAAAACCAAUGGUCUGGGCGGGAGGAACUCUUCGGUAUUACAAAAUAGCAUACAGUUAGACCAAUCAAAACGCUUAAAUUAAGACAGAUUACAAAAUUGCCAAUGUCAGUUGUUUGUAAAGUUUGCAUCCAAAAUGUUGUGUGAAAAUUUGUAAAUCGUUGUGUAGUAGCUUUGGGAAUAAAAUAAUUAAACAUUUCUUAAUUUCUGUGAGAAUGAUUAAAGUUCUCGGUUAAUCUAGAAAUGUCAAAGUUUUUAAUUCACUGCUAUUUGCAAAAUGUUCAAGUUCACAUUCAACAUUUUGGAAGCAUGCAUUUUGUCAAAAUUUUAAAAGCCUGUUUGUGAGAUAUUUUUUUCUUGAAUAAAAUGUUAUUUACAACAUUUUGGAAGCCCAGAGACGUUAUCACUUUCCGCAUACUCUUACUUCAAAUUUUUGGUUUCCUUAUAACAUUUUUGAUAAAAGGUAAAACUGAUAUUGUAAGAUAAGGUAACUUAUAAAGUAUAACCCCAGUACCUUUGAUAACUACUUGGCCCCUUGAAUUUUGAAAAUAAAACAGUUUAUAAAUCUACCAAAUAAAAUCCUUCGUGUGAUCAUAAGACAUUAGUAUGUCGGACAUCAGUGUUGAAUGUUUUUUUGAUAUUGUCUUUGAAUAUUAGUUACAAACUUCUAAUUUUUAUAGCACAACAUGAAAAAUGCAAAAAAAAGUAGUUCAUUUUAUGACCUUUUCAUCAUUAUUUAGAUAUGAGUAAUAGCCCUUAUAUAUAUAUAUAGGUUAGAUUACCAUUUAAGGUGAAAUACGUAAUUUCUACAUGCUUAUCAAGUUAUUAAGAUAUUAUAAGUUUACUAAAGUUUCUAUAUAAGGUCAACUGAUUCAAAUUGGAAGGCUUGAAUAAGGUGAAAAUAUUUUUCAAUUUUGGGGCUAAAUAAUGGUGCAUUAAUCAAAAGCUAUCAAAAUUUCAGUUUUAUUAAGCUUCUGUAUGUAUUUAUUAUUUAGUAACAUGAUACAAAAUACACCUGUUUUAUUCGUCGAUGAUAUCGUGGAUUUUAGAAAAGUUUCGACAACUUUCAGGAAAUUGCCACGAUGUAAAAUAAAUAUGAUAAAUUACCCCUACAUCGUUGCAAAUUUUGUUGAGCAACAUCCCAUGGAUGACGUACACAAUUAGGGGAGUUUUUUUAAAAUGAUUAUGAAAAGAAUAAACACUAAUGAGAAAAGAUUAAUUUUAAAAAUAACACAAACAUAAUAUUUUGUUAUGUAUGAAAAACAAUGUCUGCGGCGUUAAAAUAAGUUUGAAAGUUCUAAUUUAUGUUGGUGUCGUGUAUACAAGCAUUAUUAUUAAAUGAGCGUAUAUCAUCUUCAAUGUAUACACCAAAAUAUUUUGAUCACCGAUUGUUUUAAAUUAAUUAAAAGUCCUUUAUAUCAAACUAUUGUAUAAUGUGUUAUUUCAUACACAGAUUAUUUUUUCAAAUACUUUUUAUGUAACUAAAAACCAACAUAAGGCACUUGUAUUUUUUUUUUACAUUUAAUGACAGACUAAAUGAUAAAUUAAAACAAAAACAAUGUAUGACAAUCGAAUAAGAACACUAUAAAAACUAAGCGGUGGCCUUCUCAUAUGAGAAAGAUCUUGGCAUUUGUUUUGUUCAUUUACUGGUAAAAACUUACGACUCCAUUCCAUCUGAUUUUUAGUCAGAAUUAAGUAUCCAUUGCAUAAAUGUAUUUUAUCAGUUGUUGCUGUUAGUAUUAUAUUAUUGAAUGUUGACAGAGAAAAACACAGAAUAAUAAAAAUGUGACAACAACAA